GGUCGAAUUCGGACCCAAAUUCCGAUUGGCCUGUUAAGAUGAAUUGAAAUUGGAGUGUCGAUUUCUUCAGCCAUUUCCAUUGAACACUCUUCCUCGCCUACGAACUUCCUCAUCCCCAUUCUCCUCCUCCUCCCGAUCUCUUUCUCCGGCGAAAUUCAUCUCCAUAAGGAGAGCAUUAUAUGACAGUAUAGCAUAGAGAAAGGUCAUGACUGUAGAGGCUUUUGCCAAAACAAAUUUGAUGGAAGAUAUUGAUGAUGAUGACGACAUGCCUUUAGUUUUCAAACGAAGUAGUACCACAUCAAAGCAGAAUCAGUCAAAUUCAUCAUCUCAUAAGCAAGAUGGACGAUCGGGGCGACAAGUUUCUGAUGUACGUUCUCCUAAUGGCCAGAGCUCUAGUACUCAUAAAGUUAAGACGACUGCCUCUUCUAAGGCUUCUCCAGCAUUUUCACCUUUAACUAGUCCGAAAGCGUCGCCUUCGUCAAGCAGGACAUCUCCUGCACCAAACUCAAGGCCAUCAUCUUCUGCAGGUAAUCAGGCAAAAAAUGUUAAUCAACAAUCCAAUAUUGCUCCUAAGGAGUCGAAGCAAGCUGUUGAACCAAAAUCUGAACCUAAUGAUGAAGCUGAAGAUUCUGAAGACGAUAAACCAUUGAGUGCUAGGGUCCCUUCUGGGUUAUCUAAGAGCAAAUCUAUUCACGCCAACAAAGUGCCUGGUACUUCAACAUCAGUUCAAAAGUUUAGAUCUCCCAAAAAAGAGGAUUCAGAUGAUGAAAUUCCCUUAGCAUCAAGGUUUCAAAUGAAAUCCACUGCAGGGGCUUCCACUAGCAAGUUUUCUAAUUCUGAAGAAGUUAAGCCUAAGAUUCGUCAAAAUGGUUUGCCAUCUGCGACAGUUUUAAGUAAGAGACCCCCUGGUGAGGUCAAGUCUGCUGCCCAGGCUUCAGUUAAAAAGCCUAGACUUUCUGAUGCAUCUACACCUGUUUCUAGCAAGCAACCGUCUGUUAAAACUGAAAAGAAGACAGAGGACGACGAUGACGACGUUCCUAUAUCUCAGAGGUUAAAAAAGGCAGUUGCUUCAGCUAGUAAAGUGUCAUCUGUAAAGAAAGUAACUAAAGUUGUUUCGUCAUCGAUGAAGAAAACAAAGAAGAAAAUGAAAAAUAAGUACUCUAGGUCGUCAAAACUGCAGCCAAACUCUGGUGAAGGGCAAAAAUGGACUACAUUGGAACACAAUGGUGUGAUUUUUCCACCUCCAUACAAACCUCAUGGGGUUAAUAUGCUCUACAAGGGAAAGCCUGUGGAUCUUACUCCAGAGCAGGAAGAGGUCGCAACAAUGUAUGCCGUGAUGUUAGACACUGAGUACUUGACUAAACAGCAGUUCAAAGAGAAUUUCAUGAAUGACUGGAGAAAAAUACUUGGAAAAAACCAUGUCAUUCAAAAGUUAGAAGAGUGUGAUUUUACCCCAAUAUAUGAGUGGCAUCAGAGGGAGAAGGAGAAGAAGAAGCAAAUGAGUACAGAAGAAAAGAAGGCAUUGAGAGAAGAGAAACUUAAGCAAGAAGAGAAAUACAUGUGGGCUAUUGUGGAUGGUGUUAAAGAGAAGGUUGGGAACUUUCGGGUUGAGCCACCUGGAUUGUUCCGUGGCCGUGGGGAACAUCCAAAGAUGGGAAAGCUAAAGAGACGGAUCCGGCCAAAUGAUAUCACAAUAAAUAUAGGAAAGGGUGUUCCAAUACCGGAGUGCCCCAUCCCUGGCCAAAGAUGGAAGGAAGUAAGGCAUGAUAACACAGUAACAUGGUUAGCUUUCUGGAAUGACCCUAUUAAUCCAAGAGAAUUCAAAUAUGUUUUCCUGGCAGCCAGUAGUUCCUUGAAAGGGCAAAGCGAUAAGGAGAAAUAUGAGAAAGCAAGGCGUUUGAAGGAUUACAUAGAAGGCAUUAGAUCUGCAUAUACAAAAGAUUUUACAAGUAAAGAUCCUGUGAAGCGCCAGAUUGCAGUUGCAACUUAUCUUAUUGAUAAAUUAGCUCUGAGGGCAGGGAAUGAGAAGGAUGACGACGAAGCUGAUACAGUUGGUUGCUGUACUUUGAAAGUAGAGAAUGUAGAGCCAGUACCUCCAAAUAUUUUGAAGUUCGAUUUUCUUGGUAAAGAUUCUAUCAGGUACCAAAAUGAGGUGGCUGUGUAUGAGCCUGUUUUUAAAGCAAUUCAACAGUUCCGAAGUGGAAAAAAAGGCGGUGAUGAUCUUUUUGACAAGCUUGAUACGAGUAAGCUUAAUGCCCAUCUAAAGGAACUCAUGCCAGGCCUCACAGCAAAAGUAUUCCGUACAUAUAAUGCAUCUUUUACAUUGGAGCAGCAAUUGAGUAAGCUCACGCAAGGGGGGGAGCUCGCUGAUAAAGUUGCGGUAUAUAAUGUGGCAAAUAAAGAGGUUGCAAUAAUUUGUAAUCACCAGCGUACCGUCUCGAAGUCCCACAGUGUACAAAUUUCAAGGUUGAAUGAGAAGAUAGAUGAGUUAAAGGCUAUUUUGGAAGAAUUCAAAGUAGAUUUGGCUCGGGCCAAAAAGGGCAAGCCUCCAGUGAAAGGCGCCGAUGGCAAGACGAAGAGGAACUUGACCCCUGAAGCAUUACAGAAAAAAAUAGAUCAAACGAAUGUGAAGAUUGAGAACAUAGAGAGGCAAAUAGAAACGAAAGAAGAGUUGAAAACUGUGGCUUUGGGAACAUCAAAAAUCAACUAUCUGGAUCCUAGGAUCACUGUGGCAUGGUGUAAGCGCCAUGAGGUUCCCAUUGAAAAGAUGUUCAACAAGUCUCUUCUAGCAAAGUUUGCCUGGGCGAUGGAUGUUGAACCUUCCUUCACAUUCUAAAGUUUUGGUGGCUGAUGUAGUGUAGGACAUCUCUUCUGAGCCCGUCUCCUUCCUAAUACCAAUUGUUCCAUUUCCCCCUCCCUUCUGGAAAGAGAAUAGAAAAAAAAAUUCUAUUAUUUUUUCACUUAAAAAGAAGAAAAAAAGAAAGAGAUCUUUGAUCGUUGUCUGACAAUUUUUUAAACUUGUUUACUGGCUAGCCCCUGACAAAUUCCUGUUGUAAUUUAAGCUGCUUCUGAAUUUAUGGGGUAAGUUUUCCUUAA